AUGAUGAUGGUGUAUCUGUUCACAGCAGCCAAAAACAAACCCAAACCCUUCAGUGUUCUCCUCUGCCUCCUUCUCUUUGAAAUCCCCACAAAGAGAGCUGCUUCGAACACUUCCGCGAGACAAGACAAGACCAUCAUCGGUGAUUCCAUCGUUCGUCACGAUUGUGCAGCUUUUACUAAAGGCAACGAUGUGUGCACUCGCUGCUUUCCUGGUGCUCCUGUUAAGGAGGUUUUUGCUAAGCCUGUUCCCGUCUGUUUUUGUAUUGCUGCCCAUCUGACUCCCCGUCUCUAUCCUGCCAGCCCUCAACUCUCUCUCGCCGGCUUCCAAGCCUCAGUCUUCCUCGUGGCCAUUCUGUCCCAUCGAUUUCUUAAUAUUGUAUUAUAUUGCUUAACGCGUAUACAGCAAGAGCCGAGAGAGUCGCUUUGUCGCGACUUGGAUAAUCAUGCCAAUACAAUUUACAGCCUUUUGUCCGUAGUUCGUAACGGAAAUCCCCAAUCUAGAGAAUGCAUCUUAAUUCUCGAGACGCUGUACCGCACACUGCGCCAAAUAACAUCGCUUGAAAUUGGAAGAGGUGUCUCAGCAGGAGCAGUCCCACCACCGACAUCUAGAACAGGCCACAGAGGUCGUCCCCGCUAUGACAUUUCACAUGAGCAGCUUUGCCAUUGUCUGCGACUUGGGUUUAACUGGCAGGGAAUUGCUUCCUUAUUAGCAAUAGACCGCCGCACUUUGUUUCAACACAGGCAGCGUCUUGGAAUCAGACAGUUGGAAUUUGCAGAGCUGUCUAACAAUGAAUUAAAAACACUUGUCAGAGAGAUUUUACAAAGAACCCCAAAUGCAGGCGAGACCUACAUUCUGGGCAGUCUCCGGUCUCGCUCCAUCCGCAUCCAGCGUCGGAGGGUCCGACAAAGUUUACAUGAGAUAGAUCCUAUUGGAAGGUCACUAAGGCGCCGACGUGCUGUCAGAAGAAGAAUUUAUUCUGUGCAAACACCUAACCAAUUGUGGCAUAUAGACGGAAAUCAUAAACUGGUCAGAUGGAAACUGGUUUUCCACGGGUGUGUUGACGGAUAUAGUCGCUGUAUUAUUUAUCUUGAGUGUCUGAACAACAAUAGAGCAUUAAGUGUUUUGUCGUUGUUCCAAGAAGGGGUUCAAAACUUUGGUUUACCAUCCAGGGUUAGAUGCGACCACGGCAUGGAGAACACAGAGGUUGCGCGCUACAUGUUAAAUAGAAGAGGACUAAAUAGAGGGAGUGUCAUUACGGGCCGCAGUGUCCAUAAUCAACGAAUUGAACGUUUAUGGGCAGAGUUGAACAGAGUUGUUUCAUAUUAUUAUUCGGACUUGUUUACUUUCAUGGAGGACCACGGUAUACUGGAUUCUCUGUGUGAGCUUCACGUGUUCUGUUUGCAUUUUAUUUACUUGCCUCGGAUCCAGAGGGCAGUUUGGGAAUUUAGGGAAAUGUGGAAUAACCAUGGACUCUCAAGUGAAAGAGGACAAACCCCUCUGCAGUUAUGGCACAGAGGUGUGGUUAGCCAUAUUGGAAUAAACAACACUGCUAUAUCUGGUGUGUUCGAAAGUGAUGAUCAUUGGGACGUCAACAAAAACCGACCAAUUCCAGAACUGCAGAGCAGGAAUAAUAUAGUAGUUCCUGAAAAUAUUUACCACCCAAAUGACACUACAAUGAAAAACAUUCUCGAAACAUUUAACCCCUUGCAAGAUGAUGGAAAUCAUGGAAUUGAUCUGUUUUUGGCGCUUGUACAAUUAUUGGUAAGACAACAGGUUGAGACACAGUAACAAUGUUUGUAAUGCAAGUGUUUAUUGCAAUUUAUUCCUGCAAAUGCUUUAUUUACUACACAGCAAAUGUUAUG